GUACCCUCAGCAAACCACGAACGCCUCGGGAUCCCCCUUCUUUUCUCCUCGCAGGCAGCGCGGGCUCUCCCCGCGGCGGGGCCGCUCCGCUCCUCCCCGGGUCAGCUGACGGCGGCGGCGGUCCCGUCAUGGCCGCCCGGAGCGGCACGGCUGAGGCGUUGGUCUUGUUUCUCCUCUGGUUCGCAGCCCUGGAGGGAGCAGCGGGCUCGGAGCCGCCGCUCAAGUGCGAGGAUCUGCGGCUGGGGCAAUAUAUGUGUGAUGAGCCUAAAAUAGACAAUAGCACACAAGAACCUAUGAAUUGCACAAAUCACACAGCAUAUGUUCAAUGUCUGCCAGCACCAAAUAUUACUUGCAAAGAUCACCUUGGCAUAGAGAAAUUCUUCACGGGACAGGAAGUUGGAUUUUACAAGCCUAUUGAGUGUCGCAAUGUAAAUGGAUACUCCUACAAAGUGGCAGUGGCUCUGUCCUUAUUUCUUGGAUGGUUGGGAGCAGAUAGAUUUUAUUUAGGAUAUCCUGCAUUAGGUUUGUUAAAAUUCUGCACAGUAGGGUUUUGUGGAAUUGGGAGCCUAAUUGAUUUCAUACUUAUUUCAAUGCAGAUCGUCGGCCCUUCCGACGGCUCCAGUUACAUCAUCGAUUAUUACGGGGCCAGGCUGACCCGGCUCACCAUCACCAACGCAACCUUCAGGAAAAUGCAGACCUAUCCCUAAUAUCCCUGACUCUGGCAGGGAGGGGCACAAAUCCGUAGGUGCAGCUUGUUUUGACAGCUGGAUCCAGCGGUGCUCUGGAGUUGCUGAGGAUUUCCUGAUCGCCCCCCGUCAGAACGGAAUAUUAAACGCGCCGUGAACAAAGAUGAUAAAAUGUGAAAGUUCCUCACGUGAACGAGUUUACCUCAAAGGUGGAACUUUGGGACUGCUCUGUUUCCGGGAGCAGACUGUUGUACAGACUGUUGAUGUGUCUGUGUCAUUGAGAGCGUUACAGGGAGCUGCAGAGAGAGUUGUCCAUAAUAAAUAUGCUGAUAUUUAUUCCAUUGAAAUUGGUAAGAGUUUUAGCGUGGAUGGGCCAGGGUUACACUUGGGGCUCAGUCCAUGUGGCGGUUUGGAAAUUAACUUAAAUAUCCCCAACUACACAAACUGCCUUUUUUCCCAUCCUCCCAAAGAACCCAAAAUCUUAGGCUGCUGUAGCCUGUGAAAUUCUGUUAAUUGAAACAAUUAUUUCUUCAAAAUUUGGUCAAGUUGCAAAAUUUAGUCAGGUGCUGACCAACAGUAGAAAUAUGGAUGCAUAAAAAAUAGAACUGUAGAUGACACAUCACUAAAAAGGAGGGUGGAUGUUGGGGGUGCCCUGGGGUUAGAAAAAGAAAUAAUUGUUCUGCUUAUUUUGAUUUUUUUUCUUUCCUCUCUUGCAACCAUCCACAGGGAAAUAAAGACUUUUUUUUUUCUGAAAAUAAA